UUCGUUGGGCGCGAUUUUAUCUUCUUGGUCGAAACACUUUGUCCUAACGCAUUGCUUAGUGAUUUUUCAACACUGUGGAGGAACCAGGAAGGCGGAUAAGUGUCAGGCGUGCCAGUCGAAAACGCUCGAUGGCGGCGUCAGAUGACUCAGACCCUGAGAUGAAUUCUCCUCCUUCGAAAAAACGGCUUUCAGAAGAGCGCGUAGCCGCCAGUGCACGCCGGUCCUCCAAGGCGGAAGAACCGUCGAGUUUUAGAGCUUUAGCCGAACCCGAAGCUGCUUCCGUUGUAGAAGUAUUUGCAAACGCAGGUGGAAAUGGCGAGUCAAAGCAAAGCCCCAUAGGUAAAUCCGCUGAUCCAGCGGCAGCCCAGCAGAAACAAGUCAUUGUAUCUGUGGAGAACCAGGAGAAGGAGACAUAUGGCUCGCUGGAAUGUCCAGCAGAGCGCUCAAUUCGAGAGAGUGGUGCAACUGAAGCUGUGAUGUCCCCGUCGACAGUGACCGAUGGAUUGAAAAGCCCUAAGCGACGUUGUGCAGUCGGUGGAUCUGUCACCGAAAAUCAACCGCGGAGAUCGAGGGCCUCGGCGGAAAUGGCACAAAAUACCCAACAGCAGCAGACUCAACAGCAAAAUCAGCUUAAUGAAUCUGCGAAAUUGCAGCAGCAGAGUGUACAGCGUGCGAGGGCGACCUCGCAAAAGACCGUGGACGAAGUUUUUGCAGGAUGCGAACGUGAUGAAGAUGGAGGGAUCAAAAUUGGUAAUAUCUACAUUCCUCCACCGCCUCCACCAGCGUGUACAUUUGAAGCAAUUGGUCCACGGCUUAUUAUAUCGAAAAUUGAAAAUCGGUAUUUUAAAAGCUAUGGCAAACACGUGAUUAUCGGACCUCUACACAAAAACUAUUCUGGCAUUGUAGGUCCUAAUGGAAGUGGUAAAAGUAACGUCAUUGAUUCUAUGCUUUUCGUUUUCGGUUACCGCUCGAAGAAAGUCCGUGCCCAGAAGGUGAGCAACCUGAUCCACAACUGCGAUAUGCAUCGGGAUAUAAGGAGUUGUACGGUGGACGUACAUUUUGAGACCAUUAUCGACAAUGAAGACAAAUUUGAGAUUGUUCCCGGUUCGAAACUAGUAAUCGGACGUACAGCAUUCAGGGACAACUCCUCACAUUACACUUUGAAUGGGCGCCAGGUGUCUCAGAAGGAAGUAACAAAGAUACUUCGUCAGAACGGUAUCGACCUAGAACACGAUCGAUUCCUUAUUCUUCAGGGUGAAGUGGAGCAAAUUUCAAUGAUGAAACCGAAAAGCGAAUCUGAAAAUGAUGACGGAAUGCUCGAGUAUCUUGAGGACAUUAUUGGUACCAACCGUUACAAGGAGCCAAUUGAAGCUUUUGUCAAAAAUGUCGAUGCUCUGCAAGAAGAACGAAAUGCUGCCCUGGAUCGCGUCAAUAUGGCUGAACAAGACAUGCUAGCGAAAAAGGAACUUCGCGACGAGGCUAUCGAUUUCCUCCGGCUAUGCAACGACAUGACGCGUUGCGAUCAGCAGCUUUACGAGAUCGCUCGCUGCGACGAAAAAGAGAAGAAAUUCGGCAUUGAGAAACAGCUUGAUCAAGCUAAGGCAACAGUCGAGAAGAUCAAAAAGCAAAUGACUGAAUUUCUUGAAGAGAACAAAAGACUUACGGACGCUCAUAAAGCUUUGUGCCGUGAAGAAGCUGAAGUGCUAAAGCAAGGUGAAACGCUACAAGCACAGUACACCGAACUCGAAACAAAAGAUAUUAAGUGCCGCGAGGAAAUCAAACACGCAAAAACGGCCAUUAAAAAGCUCGAGAAAGACCAGGAAACGCAAAGUAAGAAAAUCGAGAAAUUGAAAUCAGACGCGAUCAAACUCCCUGAAGAGAAGGCCGCGGCGGAAGAGGCCGCUAAGGAAUUAAUUGAAGAAGUUGCAAAUCUCGAAGCCGACUUGCAUUCACGUAUGGAAGAUCUUAACAAACAAGUAUCUCCGAUUCAGGAGGAAAAGUCUACACUUGAGAAGAACCUUCUCGAGCUGCAGCGCGCUGUUAACACGGCCAAGUCUGCAUUCUCAAUGGCUCAGAGUGAGCUCGAAUUGAUGACUUCGUCUUCGCGGACAGAGCAGCGAAAACUCGAAGAGCGGGAACGAGCGUUGGAAGAAGCUCAGAAAAAACUCCAGGCCAAAGAGGAGCAGGUCUCAAAAAGUAAAGAGGCGUUACCUAGCCUAAAAGAGGCGUACGAGAAGGUUCGACACGAUUUAGAGACUGUUGAUCGAGAGUAUGAGGAAUGUCGCGCUAAUUACAACUCGAGUCGAAUAAAGCUUGAGGAAAUGCGAAGUACUAACACUGCUACUAGAACAAACAAUCGACUUCUCGAUGCUCUGAUGAACGAAAAAAGGAAAGGGGGUGCUCUCAGCGGUAUCAUCGGAAGACUCGGAGAUCUUGGAGGAAUUGACAAAGAGUAUGAUGUAGCCAUAUCGAUGGCAUGUGGAUUACUUGAUUCAAUUGUGGUAGACACUACUAGUACGGCAAAGGAAUGUAUUAAAUACCUACAAAAACACAACCUCGGAAAAAGUAAUUUCUUAGCUCUGGAGAAAAUGAAUCAUUUAAUUGGUCAGGCAAAACAGUCCAUCCGAACACCUGAGAAUGCGCCACGCCUCAUUGAUCUUGUGCAAUUGUCGGAUCCAGCUUAUCUCGGCGUAUUCUAUUACGCUCUGCGUGACACCCUCUACGUUCACGAUAUUGAUUCUGCAACCAGAGUUGGUUUAGGCGGUGUACAGAGAUUUCGCGUGGUCACGAAUAAGGGUGAAAUCGUAGACCCUAGUGGAACUCUGACCGGAGGAGGCGGACGAACUUAUGGUGGGAAGAUGGGCCGAAAGGCAAAAUUGGAUACAUCAAUUAGCGAUUCAGAAAUAAGCGCCCUGACGUCGCAGGUCGCAGAAAUGGAAAGCCGUAUGACAAUUCUAGCAACACGAAAAGACGAUACGGGACGCCAGUUGUCUCAAAAGAAAAAAGAGCUUGACCAAGUAAUACAAAUGGAUCAGAAAGUCUCACUUGAGGUCUCAGCCUUGGUCGAAGAGAUUCGUUCUCUAGAAGGACGAAUCAAAAUGCAGCAAAAAUCAGUUGCUGAGAAAACAGUCGAUCCAGUGAAACUACAACAACAAGAGACUCGGGUAGCGGAAACCCGUCAAGCCUAUGAAGAGGCAGAAAAAUCGACUGAGGCCGACCGAAAAGCUGUUGAAACACUGGACAAAAAGAUAAACAAAAUUAAGGAGGAACGCAUCGGUAAUGUAAAAAACAAACUCGAGAAAGCCCAGAGGAGUUUGAAAGAGGUAGAGGCGAAAAAGACACAGUGUCAGGUCGGCAUAAACAACUCCGAACGAAUGUUGGUUCAAGCCGAGCGCAAGUUGGCGGAUAUUGCUGCUGAAAUGGCAACGGUACAGGAACGCCGUCAGAAGGCUAGAGAGCUCUACGAUGAUCUAGCUAACCAAGCUCAAAGCAUCAAUGAGCAACUAGAAAAGGCCAACGCACUAAAAGAGGAACUGUCUGGUAGGGUUGCGGCUUCGGCCCGAGGUCUUCACGAUUUCAACAAACAGGAAGGCGUCCUUAAGAUUAAACAGCAGGAACAAAAAAACAUCGUUAAAGACCUUGAGAAGGACCAUGACCAGUGUUGUCGAGUCAUAGAAGGGUGCAUAAGGAAAAUCAAGGCUCUUCGCUUGGAAAUAAUCGAUGAAGGGGACGACGAAGAUGCAGUGGCUUCCUCUGACGAGGCUGCAACUCUGCUACCGGAGCUCACCGAAGAAGAAGUUCAUAAACUGGACGCAGAUUCAAUCGAACGAGAAAAAGUGAGACUAAGCGAGAUCAAGAAAACAAUGAAACCAACCCUAGGAUCAAUCGCCGAGUACAAAGCGAAGAUGAGCCAUUAUAAGAAACUGUCGGGAGUAUACCUAGAUAAACAGCAAACACUCGAAAGACAUAAAAGCUAUUUACAGGCACUCAAGAAGGCUCGGUUACAAGAGUUUUUAACUGGAUUUAAGAUUAUUACACAAAAGGUAAAGGAGAUGUACCGAACGAUCACACUAGGAGGUGACGCUGAUCUCGAGCUUGUAGACUCUUUGGACCCUUUUUCAGAGGGCAUCGCGUUCAGUGUACGGCCGCCGCGAAAAACGUGGAAAAACAUUUCGAAUCUUUCUGGUGGCGAGAAAACCUUAUCGUCAUUAUCGCUCGUGUUCGCUCUUCACUACUACAAGCCGGCGCCGUUCUACGUAAUGGAUGAAAUCGACGCGGCUCUUGAUCACAAAAACGUUUCCAUCAUUGCCAACUAUAUCAACGAACGCACACGAAACACGCAGUUUAUCAUUAUCAGCCUUCGCGAAGAAAUGUUUUCCUUGGCACGGAAGUUAACUGGCAUCUAUAAGCCUUAUAAUGACACGAACACGUUGACGCUCGACAUAGAACACUGCCUUAUCGGGAUGGCGUCUGAACGAGAUAAGGAGAAUGACCCACCAGCUGUUACAGCAGUCGAUACAUAAUUUGUUCUUUAAUCGUUUCAUCGCCGAUGUUUGGUUUUGUUCCACUUCUUUCGCGAGACACGAGAUACAUCAUAAAAAAAAUAUGAUGCUAACAUGUGACAUUUAUAGAUGUUACUCAAACUUUUAAACUAGCCAGAAUAUAUUUGGUAGAAGUUAAGAAAAACAAUAAUUAGUACUGUUGAGGGACACAACGACUAACAAAUAAGAAGUCGGACGUUACCAUGAGAAAUAACAAAGGAAGUCAUAAGGAAAUGAAUACUGUAACUUGUGAAGUAUUAUAUUUUACCUUGUCGCUUUGUACCAAACGAUACGCAAGUUCUUUUCACUUCAGAUAUAAAAUAAUGAAGAUUAGCUUACGAAGAUCAAAAACUACUACGAAAUGUAUUUAGUAUAGAUGGCCUAGUAAUAAGUAUCGAUAAAUAAAUCUAAAUGAAUAUAUCUAUCAUGCUA